AUGAUUGCCGUCCAGUCCACACCGCCCCAAUCCUUACCAAGCCUCAACCCCCCAAGUGUACCCGCCAACGCACCCGAGCACUGUCCCGGCACCGAAUCCGAGCAAGCAGGGAAAGCGGACGCCUGCGCCGGGUGCGCGAACCAAGCUAUUUGCGCCUCGGGCGCUACGCGCGCUCCGGACCCCAACCUCCCGCUUAUCGCCCAGCGCCUCGCACCGAUCAAGCACAAGAUCCUCGUCCUCUCCGGGAAAGGCGGUGUAGGGAAGAGCACUUUUACUGCUCAGCUUGCCUGGGCCCUUUCAUCUGGCGUGAAAGCCGAUGGUGAGGAAGUCCAGGCAGGGGUAAUGGACAUCGACAUUUGCGGACCUUCGAUACCCACACUCAUGGGCGUCUCACCCGACGAAGGCUCGGUGCGCUCUACGGCCCAAGGCUGGGAACCGAUCUACGUCCUCCCCAACCUUGCAUUGAUGAGCAUCGGCUUCCUCCUUCCGCAACAAAACAGCGCUAUCAUGUGGCGCGGACCGAAGAAGAGCGGGCUGAUCUCCCAGUUCCUGAAGGAUGUCGCUUGGGGCCCGUUGGACUACCUGCUGGUCGACACUCCCCCGGGGACGAGUGACGAGCACCUGAGCGCGGUGCAGUAUAUGAAAGAAGCAGGGAUAGACGGUGCGGUCGUGCUCACCACACCGCAGGAAGUGUCGCUGCAGGACGUGCGGCGCGAACUAGACUUUUGCCGGAAAGUCGGCCUGCGUGUGCUAGGAGUCGUGGAGAACAUGUCUGGCUUCGUGUGCCCUUCCUGCAAGGGCAAGAGUGAUAUCUUCCUCCCUUCCACGGGCGGAGCAGCACAGAUGUGCAAAGAGAUGGGCGUGGAGUUACUCGGCAAGGUUCCCCUCGACCCGAGGAUAGGCAUGAGCGCGGACUACGGCGUAAGCUUUCUGGACGAGUUCCCGGAUAGCCCAGCUACGGAGGCCUAUUUGGGGAUUAUUGAGCGGUUGAAGCAGAAGCUUGAGGAGUGAGUGCGGGGCGGUUUGUUUGGUGUACUACUGUACGUUGGAUAUCAGCAUUUGUACUUUUUAUCAUUUGCACGGGUUUGGGGAUGUC